CCGCCGCCACAACCACCAGCAGCACCACCAGCUCCACCAAACUUCGGGCCGGGCUGCGCGGCGCCGCAUCGCGCGCGCGCAGGGGCGCCAAGGGGGGCUCUGCCGAGCGAGCGCGGCCCCCUCAUCAUGAUGUUUCGCGACCAGGUCGGGGUGCUGGCGGGCUGGUUUAAGGGCUGGAACGAGUGCGAGCAGACUGUUGCGCUGCUGUCGCUGCUCAAGCGCGUGAGCCAGACCCAGGCCCGCUUCCUGCAGCUCUGCCUGGAGCACUCGCUGGCCGACUGCGCCGACCUGCACGUCCUGGAGGGCGAGGCCAACAGCCCGGGAAUCAUUAACCAAUGGCAACAGGAAUCCAAGGAUAAAGUGAUUUCCCUCCUGUUAACUCACCUGCCUUUGCUGAAGCCAGGAAACCUUGAUGCAAAAGUUGAGUAUAUGAAACUGCUGCCCCAGAUCCUGGCGCACUCUAUUGAACACAACCAGCACAUCGAGGAGAGCAGGCAGCUGCUGUCCUAUGCUCUGAUACACCCAGCCACCUCGCUGGAGGACCGCAGUGCUCUGGCCAUGUGGUUGAACCACUUGGAGGACCGCACAGCAGCUGGCUUCGGUGGCCAGACCCGAGGCCGCUCAGACUCUGCGGAUUAUGAGCAGACGCGCUACUAUCACCAAAGACAGAACUCCGACGACAAGCUCAAUGGGUGGCAGAACUCGCGGGAUUCUGGGAUUUGCAUCAGCGCCUCCAACUGGCAGGACAAAAACUUGGGAUGUGAGAACGGCCACGUGCCCCUCUACUCCUCCUCAUCCGUCCCCACCACAAUCAAUACAAUCGGAACCAGCACAAGUACAAUUCUCUCAGGCCAGGCACAUCACAGCCCUUUGAAACGAUCUGUGUCCCUUACCCCACCCAUGAAUGUGCCAAACCAGCCUCUAGGACAUGGAUGGAUGUCUCAUGAGGACUUACGAGCUAGAGGAUCCCAGUGCCUCCCAUCCGAUCAUGCCCCCCUGUCUCCACAAAGCAGUGUAGCCUCUUCAGGAAGUGGUGGGAGUGAACACUUAGAAGAUCAGACCGCUGCUCGUAACACAUUCCAAGAAGAAGGUAGUGGUAUGAAAGAUGUUCCAGCCUGGCUCAAGAGCCUCCGCCUGCACAAGUACGCCGCGCUUUUCUCCCAGAUGACCUACGAGGAAAUGAUGGCCCUCACCGAGUGCCAGCUGGAGGCUCAGAAUGUAACCAAAGGCGCGAGACACAAAAUCGUCAUCAGUAUCCAAAAGCUCAAAGAGAGACAGAACCUCCUCAAGUCAUUGGAAAGGGACAUCAUUGAGGGGGGCAGCCUGCGUAUCCCCCUCCAGGAGCUGCACCAGAUGAUCCUGACCCCCAUCAAGGCCUACAGCUCCCCGAGCGCCACCCCAGAGGCUCACCGCCGGGAGUCACCCCCAGCCUCACAGCAGCCCUCACUUCUGGGCCCGGAGAGUCAGGGCCCCGACUGCAAAGACAGCGCCGCGGCUGGCAGUGCCUCUGCCAACACCUCAGCUGGGGCCAGCGGUGGGCUGCAGCCACACCAGCUGAGCAGCUGUGAUGGGGAGCUGGCCGUUGCCCCCCUGCCAGAGGGGGACCUACCUGGGCAGUUCACACGUGUCAUGGGGAAAGUGUGCACACAACUCCUGGUCUGCAGGCCUGAUGAGGAAAAUAUAAGUUCCUAUUUACAGCUCAUAGACAAGUGUCUGAUUCAUGAGGCAUUCACAGAGACACAGAAAAAAAGAUUGUUGUCAUGGAAACAGCAGGUGCAGAAGCUCUUUCGGUCUUUCCCUCGGAAAACCCUUCUAGACAUAUCAGGAUAUCGACAGCAAAGAAACCGCGGCUUUGGGCAGUCCAACUCCCUGCCAACGGCCGGCUCUGUGGGCGGCGGCAUGGGCCGGCGGAACCCGCGUCAGUACCAGAUUCCCUCCCGGAACGUCCCUUCGGCCCGCCUCGGCCUCCUGGGCACCAGCGGAUUUGUAAGCUCCAACCAGCGCAGCCCUGCAGCCAACCCCACCAUCAUGAAACAAGGGAGGCAGAACCUGUGGUUCGCCAACCCCGGUGGCAGCAACAGCAUGCCCAGCCGCAGCCACAGCUCAGUGCAGAGGACCCGCUCGCUGCCCGUGCACUCCUCUCCACAGAACAUGCUCAUGUUCCAGCCCACAGAAUUCCAACUUCCCGUGACUGAACCAGACAUCAACAACAGGCUGGAGUCCUUAUGCCUCAGUAUGACCGAGCACGCCCUGGGAGACGGGGUCGACCGGACUUCCACCAUCUAGAAGUUGAAGAUGAGAGUGACCGCGCUGGCCGUGAAGUGGACUGCUGCGGGCCCAGAGUCAGCCAUCUUCAGGGCUGCACCGGAUCCUCCGAGUGCAGCCUCUUCUUGCCCCUGGUCCCUCGCCCAUUUUGAUUUUGUGAGAGCGUAGGUCAUCCUUGUAAACAUAUCCGUAGACCUGG